AUGGUUCUAGCUGGGGCGGGGCCCUUUAUGACAUUACCAAGGGCCCAGCCCUGCCUGGUCCUCAUUCGCCAGGAACCAGGGCAGACCAGCACACCAGGAGUCAUUUCCUCUUGGCUCACCAUGUGGUCCCUCAAAUGGUUCCUGUGCUUAUCCACGGGUGUUACCUGUGUCUAUGCCUUAAUUUUUACUUCUCUGAGAGAGAAAACUGAAGAACUCCAGGGGAAGGUGUUCUGCAGAGGGCACUUUUUAAUUUGGCAGAAUCUAUCAGAACAUGCCCAAAACUGGCUUGAGAUCACUUUGCUCUGCCUUUCCUUUGUUGUGCUGAUAUACGUGACAGUGAAGUUGGCAGGAGAGAGUGGCGAGAGUAAUGUGCAGGCUCGUGCUGCUCAUCAGAGCUGUUCAUUUGGCUCUCCUGGAAGGAAAAAGGAAAAGGCUUUCCCUGAAGAAGACUAUAUGUUCCAUACCUUAACCCUGCUUGAGAUGGACCUUGUGAAAUUUAUGUCCAGGAUGCAGAAUCUGAAACCUGCUGUGGCAACCAGCAGAAACUUCAACCUUCCCAAUGUCCAGGUUCCUGCAGACACACAAAAUAACAUUACAGAUUAUGAGCUCUGGGGGGAUGAAGAAUCUGAUUGA